UAUCUUUUCUUAUCCCUCUAUUCAGUAGCCUUUAGCUAAAAAAAAAACAAAAAAAUGAGUUGUUCUUUGAAUCAUUUACCUGCAAUUACUUUGAAAAAUGGUUCAGUAAAUAGAAUUUCUAAAAGGGUUUCUUGUUCUAUGUUGAACACAAGAGCUAUGGCUAAAGAACUGUACUUUAAUCAUGAUGGUUCUACAACAAAGAAGCUUUUGGUCAUUAUGGGUGUCGAUUUGGUGGCAGAGCUGGUUGGUGUAACUUUGGGUCCAAAAGGAAGAAAUGUAGUUCUUGGAAAUAAGUAUGGUCCUCCAAAGAUUGUUAAUGAUGGUGAAACUGUUCUAAAAGAGAUUCAGCUGGACGAUCCUCUGGAAUAUGUGGGAGUAAAGUUGGUUAGAGAAGCUGGUGCCAAGACUAAUAAUCUUGCUGGUGAUGGUUGCACAACAUCUAUAGUGCUUGCUCGAGGUCUGAUUGCUGAAGGUGUCAAGGUUACUGCAAUGGGCGCAAAUGUUGUCCAAGUGUCUCGUGGAAUUGAGAAAACUGCUAAAGCCCUCAUUUCUGAGCUCAAGUUGAUGUCCAGAGAGGUUGAGGAUCACGAGCUGGAAGAUGUUGCGGCUGUUAGUGCUGGCAAUGACUAUGCCAUCGGGAACAUGAUCUCGGAAGCUCUUAGACAGGUCGGAAGAGAAGGAGUUGUCACAAUUGAGAAAGGCAACUCUACUAAAACCAAUCUAGAAGUUGUCGAAGGAAUGCAGUUUGAUCGUGGCUAUUUGUCACCUUAUUUUGUAACUGAUCGACGAAAGAGGAUUGCCGAGCUUCACGAUUGUAAGUUGCUUUUGGUCGAUAAAAAAAUUUCAAACCCGAAGGAGUUGGUUAAAAUUUUGGACAAUGCAGUAAAGGAGAAAUACCCGGUUUUGAUAAUCGCAGAGGGCAUUGAACAAGACGCUCUGGCUCCAGUGAUUAGGAACAAGCUCAGGGGUGUCCUAAAGGUAGCUGCAAUAAAAGCUCCAUCUUUCGGGGAGCGCAAGAGUCAUUACUUAGAUGACAUCGCUAUCUUGACUGGAGGAACUGUGAUCAGAGAUGACAUAGGGUUGACUCUCGAAAAUGCCCACAAGGACUUGUUGGGCAGUGCUUCAAAGGUGGUGAUUACGAAAGACUCUACACUGAUAGUUACUGAUGGAAAUACUCAAACAGCUGUUUCAAAGAGAGUUUCACAGAUACAAAAUCUUGUUGAGAACACAGAAGAAAAAUUCCAAAAGAAAAUCUUGAACGAAAGAAUUGCAAGAUUAUCCGGUGGUAUUGCCGUCAUUCAGGUGGGAGCACAAACACAGGUUGAGUUGAAAGAUAAACAACUACGGAUUGAGGAUGCGCUCAAUGCAGCACGGGCUGCUAGUGAGGAAGGAGUCGUAGUGGGCGGUGGCUGUUGUCUGCUGAGACUAUCAUCAAAGGUGGAUGCUAUCAAAGAAACGCUAGACAAUGAGGAUCAGAAGAUAGGAGCUGAUAUUUUCAAAAGAGCACUAUCCUAUCCGGCAAAACAGAUAGCAAAGAAUGCUGGUGUAAAUGGGAGCAUUGUUGUAGAGAAGAUAUUGUCAGUUGAUGACAUGAAAUAUGGAUAUAAUGCUGCAAGAGACAGAUAUGAAGAUUUGAUGGCUGCCAAAAUUUUAGAUCCUACAAAGGUUGUUAGAUGUUGCGUGGAGCAUGCAGCAGCAGUUGCCAAGACGUUCCUGAUAUCAGAUGCUGUUGUCAUUGACAUCCCCGGACCAGUAUCUAGACAAAUAAGACCACCAACACCACCACCGCCGCCAAUGCCAACUUUAGGGACUCCUCGUCCUACCAACAACUAUACGUAAAUGAUUUGUAGGUUCAAGGCUGUCUGGUCUAUCAGGUCUAAAGGCAACUGGUCUUUAAUUCAGAGAUGAAAGGAGAGAUAAAAGCUAAUUAUCUUGCUGGGAGCUAAAGAAGGUACUAGCUACUACUAGCUCAUCGUAACGAUGCCAACUUCUAACAAUAUCUUCCAUGAUUGAUGACGAAAACCUCUACCAUGAAGAAGUUUGAUCAUUUUCACCAUUAAGUAACAGAUUCGAGUUUCUCAUAUCUCCAAAGAGAACAAUACCGGAUCAUCAAACAACAGGAUUACUUGCUAGCUAGUAGCAGUAUGUACAUGUUAGAUGUUUUGCUUAAAGCUCAGAAAAUGCAUUUUGAACAAAUGUAUAUAUACAAAAUGAUCUUCUUAUGCCAGCAAUGUAAUUUAACUUGUUAUAGCAA